CCCAAAAAGUUUAUCUUUUUUAUUUCUUUUUCUUGAUUCCAUCCACACGUAUUAUUCACCAUCACCCCCCACAAUUUCACAAAAAUUAAUUAAUUAAUUUUAUUUAUUUAAUUAAAUUCCCCCAUUUUUAUUUAUUUAUUAUUCUUAUUAUAUGUAGAACAAGAUUAACCACCCGCAUCAUCAAUUUCAGUUUUUGUAAUUUGGGUAAUCAAGAAUCACCAAGGGGGCGGUGUUGAGGAGGAUGAACGUGCCCUCGGUUCUUAUUGUGCCUCCUCUCAGAUCUUAAUUUUCGAUAAAGAUUCAUUCUUUUUGGAAUUGUUGUUCGAAGGAUCCGAUGUUUGUUUGAUUGGAUCGAUAAUCCCUAAAUCUUUGUCGGAAAUUUUAAUCUGAGAAAAUGCAAUCUGAUCUGGGCAAGUUGUUCAUUGGUGGGAUAUCAUGGGACACAAAUGAAGAGCGUCUGAAAGAGUAUUUCAGUAGCUAUGGCCAGGUUUUGGAGGCUGUGAUCAUGAAGGAUCACACCACGGGUCGGGCUCGCGGGUUCGGGUUCAUCGUGUUCUCCGAUCCUGUCGUUGCAGAACGAGUCACCAAAGAGAAGCAUAACAUCGAUGGUCGAAUGGUUGAGGCGAAAAAAGCGGUUCCUAGAGAUGAUCAAAGCAGCAUUAGUAGAUCGAGUAGUAGCAUUCAGGGUUCACCGAGUCAGGGUCGAACCCGAAAGAUUUUUGUAGGGGGGUUAGCAUCUACUGUAACCGAGAACGAUUUCAAGGCUUAUUUUGAACAGUUUGGAACGAUUACGGAUGUUGUUGUUAUGUACGAUCACGGUACCCAAAGGCCGCGCGGGUUUGGGUUCAUCACUUAUGAUUCCGAAGAUGCGGUGGAUACGGUGUUGUUGAAAACGUUUCACGAGCUUAAUGGUAAAAUGGUUGAGGUUAAACGAGCGGUUCCUAAAGAGCUUUCACCUGGCCCGACCCGAAGCCCACUUGGUGCGUAUCCGUAUGGGUUGACCCGAACCAGUAGUUUUCUUAACGGAGCGUAUUCUCCGAAUGCAGUUGGGAUUGGGGGUUUUGGGGUUAGGAUGGAUGGGAGAUUCGGCCCGAUUGCUUCUGGUAGAACUGGGGUUGGCCCGUUUGGUUCCGGGUAUGGAAUGGGUUUGAACUUUGAGCCCGGGAUGGGCGGGAAUUACACAGGUGGCGCUAAUUUUAAUAGUAUUUCGGGUUACGGUAGGGGAAUUGCUCCUGGACCGGGCCCGGGCCCGGGCCCAGGCCCGUACUAUGCGGGGAACUCAAAUCGAUUUGGGAGUCCGAUAAGUUUUGACGGUGGAAAUGGAGGGAAUACUUCCUUUUUUAGUUCGAAUCCUCGUAACUUAUGGGGUAACGGCGGGCUUAACUAUGGGUCAAACUCGACGGGCUCAACGGGGGUAAUAGGCGGGGGUAUUUUAGGGAAUAACGGGAUUAAUUGGGGCUCUUCUUUGGUUUCACCUCAAGGUUCCGGCAAUGGUUCUAGUGCUAAUCUUGGUUAUGGAGGUGGGGAUAAUAAUUACGCUUUAAGAGGUGCGGGUUAUGGAAGAAAUGCUAGUAAUAAUAAUGCCGGCCCGACAUCGUCGUAUGGUGGAUCUAGUGUUAGUUAUGACGGGCCUUUUUCAGACUUUUAUGGCGGUGGAGGUGGUGGUGGUGGUGGUGCUGGGUCGGUCUAUGGGGCUGACCCGACCUGGCGGUCAGCAAAUAGUGACCGUGAUGCACCUGGCCCGUUUAGUGGGUACGGGUUGGGCGGUGUUGGUGGUGGUUCUGAUGUUCAGACAAAAAAUUCUUCUGGUUAUGUUGGUGGUUAUGGUGUUGCUAAGCGACAGGAAAACAGAGGCAUCGUCGGGUAGUAGAAUGCAUGAAGUUAUAGUUGCGGUUUGGUUUAUGAGGUGAUCUAUCUUCUCAAGAGCUAACUUGCGUGCGUUAGAUGGUUUAUAAGUGUUUUUUUUUUCUUUAAUAUUUUAUGUUUUAAUUGUUGAAUUUAUGACUUACAUUUUUGGUCCUUUUCGAGUGAGAUGUAAAAUCGGUUUGCGGCGUAUAGUAAAAAGAAAAAGAAAAAGAAAAAUGUGUCAUCUUGCAUCUCUCGUGAGCCAGUGAUACAAAAGACGAUGUUUUGCCUGGUAAAGGUUCGGGUUAUUUUUUUUUUUGGUUUUUUUUUCUUUAUGCUAGUGAAACUGCAAAGUUUUAUGUCGUUGUGGUCGUUUUCAGGGUUCGGUUUUUAUAUUUGGUUUUGCCAGCAAUGAGUUUUGUUUAAACUCAGAAUUGUACUAGAAUUAUUGUUGGUUUUUAUUAAUAGUGAUAAAUAUUUGAGGAUACUCAUCUUGGGUUCCCAUGAAUAAGUUA